AUGGAUAAAUAUAAAAAUAAAGAUAAAGACAAAGAAAUAGAAGAAAUUCCAAAAUCAAAUUUAAAAUUAGAUAAUAUUAAGGAAAAUGAUUUUCAAAUAGUACCACCAACCAUUCAGAGAUCCAAUAGUUUAAGUGGACCUAGUAGUAAACAACAUCAUCCAGACGAGGAGAACGAAGAUGAUAGAAAUUCAUUUAUGAAAGAAACCCUUACCCCAAGUUCACAUAUUGGAAUCUAUCGGAGAUACUCCGUCGAUGAUUCAGCACAAAAGUUUCGUACGAGAAUGACUGACUAUAAGAUUUUAAAGAAACUAAAGGUAUUGGAAUACGUAACAGAGAAACGAAAUGAAUUUGAAAAUAUCCUAUUAAAGAAUGGAGCAUCACAAAUCAUUAGAGCAAAAGAUAAAUUUAUGUUUGUUUUAGCCAGACUCUACAAUUACAAACAAAAGAAACAACACUAUUUCCUAUUCGAUUUCUGUUACUAUGCCAAUGUACUCCUUAUUUUCUAUCUCUAUGGAACGAACAGAUCACCUAUUCUAUUCAAGAUUUGUUUUAGUUUUUGUAAUGGACCAUUAAUUUUCGCUACCAUUGCAUGGAGAAACUCAUUGGUAUUCCAUUCAUUGGAUAAAGCAACAUCAGUUUUAAUUCAUAUAUUCCCUGCGAUUGUAUGUUCUGCGCUAAGAUGGAAUAUUAUACCUGCGGAAAGUCAUUUGGACAAGAAUGCAAUCUACACUACCUGGACCGACUCGCUAUUCAUUCCACUUGGUUUCUAUUUGGCUUGGCAGACUUGUUAUCUCUAUGUUAUGAAGCUAAGAAAGAAUACCAUCAAAGAGAGAAACUAUAUUACAUCGUUGUCAUUCUUAACCAAUCACACAGGUCAACAUCUUAUCAACAAAGUUUUAAAUAUCUUACCAACCAAAAAGAUAUAUGUAUUUAUAUUAUCGCAAUUCCUAUACACAGUGCUCACCAUUCUACCUUGUAAAUUCUAUUAUAACAAUGAAUAUCUACAUUUAGGUUUCAUUUUUACAAUGUUAUUAGUUUGUUUGUGGAAUGGUGCAAAUUACUAUAUAGAAUUCUUUAGCCAACAUUAUGUAAAUCAAUUGAAAGAGAAAGAAGAACGUUGGAAAAAGAUAAUCAUGCAAUCCACAGGAAAUGGAAUGUCUACUGCUGCUCAUGAGAGUGUAGAUACAACAACUUCUAACACAACCAACAAAGUGGAUUCGACCAGUGGUCAAACUAAAAUAGAUGAAUAUAUUUCACCACAAUCUCCUAUCAUUACGAUUGUUGGUGACGGAAACAGUUAA